GAAGUGCAAGUGAAGCAAGGAGCCAGUGUGUAAAGUGAUGAUUAUUCGCUAGUGUCAUGUGCAUGGAGAUAUGUUUGAAAUUAGAAAAUGAAAGCGAAAAACAAGGAUUUUGUGAAGUGGCUCAACUCGUUGCAUCAGGAUAGAAGGAGACACCACUUUAACAAUAUAUAUAAGGUGUUAAGGCGGAAAAACAAGGAUCAAGCUGACCAACUACUAAGACAGAGCGUGCAUCAGUUCGGAAUCUUCUGUCAAGUUCGCUUACAUCACCUGACCAAAGAACAGAUCCAGUCAUAUCUUGGGAACAAAAGCCAACCUCGUAAUAUUGUAUCAUCAGCCACGGUGUCUACCAAUGGUGAAGAAUCCAAGAAGUUGUAUGGUUAUAAAAAUGAAGAAUCCGACACCGAAGUAUCCCUCAACCAAGACACAAACCAGCUGUUUGAAAUUAAAAAUGAAAAUACUCUACAAGAGAAUGACUAUAAAAAGGAAGCAUUGUCAACCCAAGAAAAAACAAAAACAGAUAAAAAUAUAAACAUAUUGAACAAGGAAGAUCAAAAUGAUGCCAACAUAUCAGAAGUGAGCAGUGGAGUUCCUCAGGAAAACCAGUUAAAAGAUGAUGCAUCAGAAAAUGAAUCAUUACCAAACCAAGAAAAAACUGAUAAAAAUAUAAACCUAAUGAACAAAGAAGAUCAAAAUGAUGCCAACAUAUCAGAAGUGAGCAGUGGAGUUCCUCAGGAAAACCAGUUGAAAGAUGAUGCCUCAGAAAAUGAAUCAUUAUCAAACCAAGAAGAAACAGUUAAAAAUGUAAACGUUCUGAACAAAGAAGAUCAAAAUGAUUCCAACAUAUCAGAAGUGAGCAGUGGAGUUCCUCGGGAAAACCAGUUAAAAGAUGAUGCCUCAGAAAAUGAAUCAUUAUCAAACCAAGAAGAAACAGUUAAAAAUGUAAACGUUCUGAACAAAGAAGAUCAAAAUGAUGACAACAUAUCAGAAGUGAGCAGUGGAGUUCCUCAGGAAAACCAGUUAAAAGAUGAUGCCUCAGAAAAUGAAUCAUUAACGAACCAAGAAGAAACAGUUAAAAAUGUAAACGUUCUGAACAAAGAAGAUCAAAAUGAUGACUACAUAUCAGAAGUGAGCAGUGGAGUUCCUCAGGAAAACCAGUUAAAAGAUGAUGCCUCAGAAAAUGAAUCAUUAACGAACCAAGAAGAAACAGUUAAAAAUGUAAACGUUCUGAACAAAGAAGAUCAAAAUUAUUCCAACGUAUCAGAAGUGAGCAGUGGAGUUCCUCAGGAAAACCAGUUAAAUGAUGAUGCCUCAGAAAAUGAAUCAUUAUCAAACCAAGAAGAAACAGUUAAAAAUGUAAACGUUCUGAACAAAGAAGAUCAAAAUGAUGACAACAUAUCAGAAGUGAGCAGUGGAGUUCCUCAGGAAAACCAGUUAAAAGAUGAUGCCUCAGAAAAUGAAUCAUUAACGAACCAAGAAGAAACAGUUAAAAAUGUAAACGUUCUGAACAAAGAAGAUCAAAAUGAUGACAACAUAUCAGAAGUGAGCAGUGGAGUUCCUCAGGAAAACCAGUUAAAAGAUGAUGCCUCAGAAAAUGAAUCAUUAACGAACCAAGAAGAAACAGUUAAAAAUGUAAACGUUCUGAACAAAGAAGAUCAAAAUGAUUCCAACGUAUCAGAAGUGAGCAGUGGAGUUCCUCAGGAAAACCAGUUAAAUGAUGAUGCCUCAGAAAAUGAAUCAUUAACAAACCAAGAAGAAACAGUUAAAAAUGUAAACGUUCUGAACAAAGAAGAUAAAAAUGAUUGCAACAUAUCAGAAGUGAGCAGUGGAGUUCCUCAGGAAAACCAGUUGAAAGAUGAUGCCUCAGAAAAUGAAUCAUUAACAAACCAAGAAGAAACAGUUAAAAAUGUAAACGUUCUGAACAAAGAAGAUCAAAAUGAUGCCAUGGCAUCAACAGUGAGUGGUGACUUACAUCCUUCUCUAGAUGUCAAUAAUAGUGAGAAUCUGCGGAUUGAUACCACAGAAAAAGUCAAUGUUAUAAAAAAAAACUCUAACAACGAUAAAAUCCAGGAAAGAAUACAGGAAAAACAAUUAUUACCUUAUGAUAACUACCUUCUGAAAGAUUGGUGGAUGAAAUAUAAAUUUAACUUUUCGGGAGAAAAAGUAUGUGCUUCAUCACACUAUGUUAAUUGUUCAUCUGAUUACACUGCAGGGUGGCCAGACCUUUUUGAUGAACCCAUUUCAGAACUUGAAAAACCAGGAGACAAACAAAUUACUUUAAUUUUGAGUGAGAUAGAAAGAUUGGAAGAGGAAAAAAACUCUUUACCAGUAUUAGAAAGUAGCUACUCAGAAAGUGAAAUUAUUUCAGAUUGUGAUAAAACUGUUUCCUCCCCUGAAAUUCUUGCAGAUACUAUUCCCUCGUACAAUUUAGCUUCAAUCACAAAAAACACCAACAAUACUUUUCUAAUAGAUAGCAACAUUUCAAAAGAUGAUGAUUUUGUACAAAGAAGACCCCCUCUUCCUUCGUGCUCUCCGCCAAGAAUACCACCCCCUCCACCAAUGCCAGUUGCUUCAGAGCCAUCUUAUUCACCACCCUCAUUGCCAUCUUCAACUGUUUCUAUAGAAUUACAGCCAGAUGUGAUAGCUGAAAUUCCUCUGCCACCGUCACCACAAGAUUCAUCAAAACUCCAUAUCCUAGAGGCGACACAACAUUCCAUUAAUAGCUCAGAAACUACAAAGCCAGUAUCAUCAAAACCCAGUUUAGUUUCUUUCAAAUUUAAAAAGAGAACAAACCAUGGUUUAAAGGUUUCACCUUUAGUUUCACAUCCCACAAAAAAGUCUGAAUUAUUGAUGUAUCAUCAAACAUCGUCCUCUUUGGUGCCAACCGUACAUAAAACAUUUGAUUCUGAAUCACAAGGAAGUGCUCAAAGUAGUAUUAAUAUAGGAACGUCAAUACUGAAAUUACUACCUGUAUUACAAGACAAUCAUUCCUCAGUAAGAUUAACCCCUUCACCUACUCCAUCUACAGUCACCUUAGUCUCACAGUCUUCAACAGCAUUACCUAACUUUCAGAUGUCCCUGAAUCCACCAGAAAAAUAUCAAAAUAACACAGUGUUACAAACAAGUUUGGGAGUAAGUGCGGAUAAAACUAGCAAAAAUAGGAAAAACUUAACUCUGUGUAGAAAUUUGCUAAGGAGAACAAAUCUGCAUACUCUUAAUUGUUGGAAAUCAAAAUUUAAAUGUACUGAAAAUCGUAUGAAAAAAUCGAGAAUGAGAAAGUCUAACUUUAAGAAUGUUAAAUUUAAAAAGAACACUAAAACAACUAUGCGGCUAAAGCAGUUGCUUUCAAGGAAGAAUAAGAUUAUUUUUUCAUCCAAACAAAAAUUGAACUCUCCUAAGACCAAUGAUUGCAAUACACUUUACACUUGUGACCAGAUUGAAAUUGAAAAUGUCUCUUUGGUGGAUGAAGGCAGUAACUCAUCCUUUGACAUUUACGAUGAUAUUCCCUCAGAUAUUUAUCUCUCGCCCACCUGUUCAUCGGCAGAAAUAAUCAAAUGUAAUGAAAUAAAAACAAUUGGCGAAUUAGAGAACCUUGUAGUUCUCUCCAAUGCACAAACAUCAUAUGAAAACGCAUUGUCUUUCGAUAACAGAAACCCAUUUGAUCCUAAUAAGUCAAUCUCUACUCUCACCAAAGAUAUAGAGGCUUCAACUGAUUUUAAUCAUGAGUUGCCAAAAGCAACCCGACUCCCUCAUCUUGAAGAGACUACAGUUUGUGAAAAUAACGAAAAUGUCAGACAAUGUGUUGAUGAAUCCAUACCAGGAGAUCCAGUUGCUAUAACAUAUGUUGAGGAUGAAGAAAAUAUUGAAAUAGAGUUCAAUCACACACUCAAUGCAAUGAAGACUGAUCUAACGAAUGUGUGUGGGAUUUCAACCAAAUCAUCUCAAGAAUCUACAGUUUCUUCAGCAGCAAAAUCAAAUAUUAUGGAAACGUUUCCAGAUAUGCUGAAAGAAAAUAAUGAUGUGAGAGGAAAUAAGGAUGAAAACAGUCUAAGUAAUGUCCAAGUUAAAAAUCUGAAUAAAGAAAAUAUAGUUUUUUCUGAAUCAUCUGAGACGUCUAUAGCAAGAAACUCAACCACAGACAUGGAAUCAUACCCAAAAACAAUUAAUACAACUGGUGUUUUAAUGGAAAAUGAAAACAACCUUUUGAGUAGUAUACAAGUGACAAAUAUAAGAACUGAGAGUGUUAUUUUAUCAGUCCCAACUCCAGUAUCUGCAUCAUUAUCCACAGCUACUAAUUCUACAAUACAGGAAUUAGAUAAACAAAUUACCAAUAACAAAUUCAAUUUGGAAGACAAGCCCGAUGAUGGAAAAAACAUUUUAAGAGACUUGCAAAUUUCAUCUUCAGACGAUGAGAGUGAUGAGGAAGAUUAUGUCAGACCAAGAAUUAUAAAUGGAUUUGGCGAUCCAUUUGUUAUAUCACAAUCCAAAUGGAAUGAUUUGCCUUUCAAGGUUAAAACUGAAGUAUUGAAUGAUCUAAGGGAUACGCCUCAAUUAGAAAUCAACACAGAUAAACCUGCACCUUCAACUAAAAGAAAACACAAUGACAUUCCAACAAAAUCACCAAAUUAUCUUAAAAGCGAUAAAUUUCUACUCAAACAGAGUGUUCCUGUCAUAUUAAAAACAGAAAGUCUUGCAAAAAAAGUACAAGAAGUUUCAAAAAUCUCCUCUAUCAGAGGUAGUGGGAUUAAAAACAAAAAAUAUCAUUCAAAAGAUCGUGUACUCCCAUUAAAGCCUAAAAAUCAAUUUGUUACUGCCAAGAAUAAUGAUCAAAGAAGGAUCCAUAAAUCAAAUAAGCCUACUGAUCGACACAAGGCCUUGGAGCAAGUUAAACGUUCCAAGGAAAUUGACAUAAAUGUGGGUACUCCAGAAACACUUGGAUCACCAAAUACAUUAAAGUCAACUGAAACCAGUAGUGGCAAUCCAGGUAAAAGAGAUAUUACAAUAACAAACCAAAGGAGAGUUAGUGAUAAAAAUAGUGAAACUAGGUCCUAUAUCCCAGUUCAAAAUGUUGUUAGUACUAAAACCACAGAUGAUAAAGAUAAAAGAAGUGCCUACAAUGCAAGCCCCGGGAAAAAUUCAGAAGUCGUUAUUCCACCCAAUAAACCUGAUCAAAUUGAAAAGACUUAUCAACCUUCAAGUGUGAGAAAAAGAUUAAAAAGUGAGGUUGAAAAUAUAAUUCCGAUUAAAAGAGACAGUAAAAAAACAGUAAGAAAUUGUAUACAGAGAACGUUUUCCUUACCAGAACAAUCAAAUUCAAAACUAAUUAAUCCUGUAUUUGAUUCAAUUUUUAAAAGUAUGGAAGAAUCACCCCCUCCAAGAUCAUUGGCCAUUAAGGAACCUGAAUCGCAAAAGUAUGUUGCUCGACCAUACUGGUGUACUGAAAGUUCUAAUUCUACAAGCUUUGUGAAUCAAAAUAGAAAGGAUAUCUCUUCUGAAAAAGAUCCGUCGAAUCUUCAGCCCAAGCCUACAUUCUCUAACAGCCAGCUUGUGAAAAUAGAUUCAUCGGGCAGAGCGUUGGAACCAAUAAAGGGCUUAAAAAGAAGUUAUCAUUUAAGCUCAGACAUUCAUGGAAAAAAGUGGAAAAGUAGUAACUUAAAUGUAAAGCCAAACCAAAAUAUCACAUCAGAUAAAUCCAGUGGUAAAGCCAAUACGAGUGUCGGUAACAUCUCUAUUCAGGAUAAAAAGUGCUCCAAGAAAUGUGCCGUGAAAAAGCAAGAAAAUAUAAAAAAAGGAGAACGUGUCAAGACUAAAAAUGUAUUUUCAUCCACACCAAAAAGUGGUGAUUUAGGAAAUGAUAUCAAAAACAAAGAAAUCACAAGGGAAUCUUUCCCAUCAAUGCCCUCAAUUGAAUUAAAUACUGAUUUGGAAGGAGUCCAUUCUACCAAUGAACAAGGCAUUUCUAACAAAAACAAAGAAAUCUCAAGGGAUCCUUUGCCAAAAAUGCCCUCAAUUGAAUUAAAUACUGAUUUGGAAGGAGUCAAUUCUACCAAUGAACAAGGCAUUUCUAACAAAAACAAAGAAAUCUCGAGGGAUCCUUUGCCAAAAAUGCCCUCAAUUGAGUUAAACAAUGAUGUGGGUCUCCUUACUAAUAAACAAGACAAUUCUAACAAAAACAAAGACAUCACAAGGGAACCUUUCCCAUCAAUGCCCUCAAUUGAGUUAAACAAUGAUUUGGGACUUCUUGCCAAUAAACAAGGCAAUUCUUUAAAUUAUAGCAGCACAUCCAACAAAGUAUUAACCAACAGUAGUGUCUUCAAACAUAAUCGGCCGCUUUUGAUUUCUGCCAAAGAGCUAAAUAAGCUUAAGUUGAAGGUAUCAAUCCCAAUAUUUCACUUCUAUUCCAUAAAAGCUUGCAAAGAAAAACUACUAGACGAGUUGCCCCCUAUAAAGAAAAAGAAAGCAAAAGACAGUGGUUGUAGCAUAAGUAACCUGAGUUUUGAAAACACUCCUGUAAGAGGUAAUAAAAUGUGUAAGAUGAAACAACAAAAAAUUAAAAAAAACAAAGCACAAAGGAAUAAGAAAAGCAAAGCUCUGGACAUAAGCACAACCAAAGAAAAUUCUUCUUUUAGAAAUGUUAUGAAUUGUGACGAGGCUCAAAAGAAAAUGGAUAAAAAGGGAUCAAAACUGAAAAGGAAAUCUAGCCCACUGACAAAAGAAGUCAUUAACCAACUUAAAUGUGAAGAUAAUUUUACAUUAUAUGAUGGUCCUGGUUUGUUGAUGGCAGACUUAAACUCACAACCAAAACUCAGCCAGGCUGAGACAGUUCAACUCAGUGGUACUCGAUUAAGACAAACUUCAGUUUCAUCUGGCUGUGGAAGCCCAAGUAACCAAGAGACAUUUUCUUCAGCCUGUUUGAAAACCAAUGUAGAUUUUAACGAAAACAGUAGCAAGCCACAUCCACUUUUAUCAAGAUUGGAUAGUGAACAAGAAAAUGGUCAAGCCACUAAUGGUUCUGCUAGAAAGUCAGUGGAUGAUAGUGAACUAUUUACUCAAGAUAUCCAUCCUCUAGAAUCAACUAAUGACAAGGUAUUAAGUCGUAGUGAAGCUACAGCAAAUAGACCUUUAACAUUAAGAGUUAAGUCUCCCAGUUCAUUACAAUCAGGACCUGAUCAGCCAUUGGGACAAAGCAGUAUAACGAGGCGCCGCAUUAGUGUCUUAAGUCCUGAAGCCCUAUCAAAUCAAGUUCAACCAAAUGAUCAAGAAAGUGUCAAGAGGACCACUUGGUAUGUGGAACCUGAAUCCACUGACAAUGCACAGCUUGAAAGAGCUGAAGAAAAAUGUCCAGGCAAAAACAUAAAAUCAAUUUUUAACGACUUUUUUUGUGAAGAAAAUAGAAAAAAAGAGUUGAUAUCAUUAUUUGAAAUGUCAAUUAAAAUGGCAAGUAAAGAGUAUGUACAACUGGAAGAUAUUAUUAAAUGCAUACAGUUUGACUAUGCACAAAAAGGUGACUUUAUCGAGAGGGUGAAAAAACUUAAAUCUGUUGAAGUAGUUGAGCUGGAAAUCAAAAGAGCAACAAAUGAGUAUGAACGCAAGCUUGUUGAAAGAAAGAAAUUUUUACAGAAAACAUUUUCUAAUCUGAUAGACUAUUUUAAAUGUGCAUCUGAUUACUUUUACUUGUCAAUAUAUGUUUUUCUGUCUCAAAAAAUUCAGCACAUAUGCAAUGACACUGAUUUAAAAGAAAGUUUGUUUCUUGUAUUCAAAAAGUGGAUUAGAAAUGAUAGGAACAAACAUGUUUUUGACCAGAGUGAAAUGGCUUUCAUCAAUGACUGUAGUAUUGUACUCAAAAUACUGAAUGAAGUGAAGGAUUUCCCCCUCCUAAUAAGUAAUUGUAACACAUAUGUCUCAAGUCGAUGUUUGAAGAUGGAAAUGGAGCAAGAAAGUACUCCUGUAUCAAAAGAAAAUAACUGCAAAGAAAAUGAAGCUCUUUUCAGUUCCACAGUGACAACAAAUACCAUUAGCAACAGUGCUGAAUCCUCUGAACGUUAUAAUUCAACUCUGGAAAAUGUAGAUCAUAAUAUAAUCCAAACUUCCACUUGUCAGUUAUCCCCCCAAAACAGGGAAAACUCUCAGGUCCCAAAUCUAAAUACAAAUGAGAUAUCACAAAACGUAAAUGAAAUUUCUACCUUAACCUCAGUUAUUACUAGGGCAUUAGCCAAUGACAAAAAUGUAUCACAUAUUUCUGGCAAUCAUCUACCAACAGAUGGCACUGGGGUUGCUCCAAAUUUUAGUACAUCUUCUAUACCAGAAGAUCUUAUGGUUGAACCACCACGACAGGGAUUAGGAAAUAGGCCAAAUAAUACUGAAGUCAACAUGGUUUUCAAUCAAAACAAUGUAUAUGACGUCACAUCGACUGGAACUAUGAGUCAACAUAUUCAACAUAACCACCAAAGGAAUAAACAAGUAAGGAAUAAUUUAUCUACCUCAUCCAACACCGAAAAUGUAAUGACUGAAAACGUUGGCAGAAUACCUCAAAUUCCAGUAAUAAAUAUGUCAGUUUCUCCUGUUCAUCCUGCUAUGCAGAAUGUUACCAGCAAUCAGCUGCCAGUAUUUCAAACUGUAAAUGGUAAAAACACUCAUGGUAAAAACACUCAGAAUUCCCAAAUGACUCAGCAAAGCCUAUCUAAUACCAGUUGUAACCAAGUGACCAAUAUCACCAUGGUCCAAACACAACCUGUAGUCACUGUGUACCAAGUCUUGCCGUCCCAAGAACAACCAGUUCAUUGGAGAGGAAAUACCAUUCAACAACCAUCAGAUCAUCAAAACAACAACAUUCUGCACAGACAAACUACUACUGUUGUAAACACAUUUGUGAGUCCACAACCUUCUCCGCACUUCCAACAACUGCUUGAUAAACAACAAACACACCUUGUUAACACUCGUAAUCAAUUUGACCAGCAAAUAUUGUGGCAAUCAAAACACCAAAGUCCUCAACCAUACAUUAAUCAGUUUGCAAACUUGAAUCCAAAUACGACACAAUAUCCUCACCAGAAUGUAAUGUAUCAAAACGUUCGACAGACCCAAAUGGGACGUAGUUUGGAUAUGCAUCCUCAUCAAAAUACUGGGAUGCCUGGGUUUGGUGGAUUCCCUCAAAAUACUGGACAGAACACAAGUCAUAAAAUGCAACAGCAUAACUUGUGUAAUGAAACAUCCGUGCAUCCUCAUCAAAAUACUGGGAUGCCUGGGUUUGGUGGAUUCCCUCAAAAUACUGGACAGAACACAAGUCAUAAAAUGCAACAGCAUAACUUGUGUAAUGAAACAUCCGUGCAUCCUAAUCAAAAUACUGGGAUGCCUGGGUUUGGUGGAUUCCCUCAAAAUACUGGACAGAACACAAGUCAUAAAAUGCAACAGCAUAACUUGUGUAAUGAAACAUCCGUGCAUCCUCAUCAAAAUACUGGGAUGCCUGGGUUUGGUGGAUUCCCUCAAAAUACUGGACAGAACACAAGUCAUAAAAUGCAACAGCAUAACUUGUGUAAUGAAACAUCCGUGCAUCCUAAUCAAAAUACUGGGAUGCCUGGGUUUGGUGGAUUCCCUCAAAAUACUGGACAGAACACAAGUCAUAAAAUGCAACAUCAUAACUUGUGUAAUGAAACAUCCGUGCAGCCAGUCAGACAGCAUUACAGUCAAUCGAGGCAACCGAGAACACAAAGCUAUCAACAACAAGCCGAUGGUAACUUAUCAAUUGUUACCAGAAGGUCUAGCAUGGAAACCCCUCAGACAGUUGAUGUGCAACAAAGGACUCAGUUUAUUCCCAAUGUUUCAAGUUCCAAUGGACACUUAGCUACUACACCGUUUUCUGAUGGGCACAGCCAACAUAGUAUAAAUAAUGUGUCUUAUGACUCGCUAGUUUCAGGACAGUUGCAAAGUAGGAGAACACCAAAUGAAGUUCUUGAAUCGACAGAUCCCUUCACUCAGGAUGAGCUUGACAAAUUAUGUAGUAUAAUCGAUAGCGACAGGUUGAUGGGACUGAUAGAUGGUACAAAUAAAGUAGAUAACAAUGAUAACCAAAGUUUAUCCAGCAACAUAUUAGAUUUUAACAGCACACCAAAAGACCUGCUAAAACCAAUUAGCUUCACUGAUAGUAGACGUGCAGCACUAGUUAACAUCAAUAAAAAUUGGCAAAUUAUCAGUAAAAUGCCAGAUAGUCACUUGAACUUUAAUGGUGUUAAUGUAACAAAAGGGCAGUUAUUACGUUUUGUCAAAGAUUGCAAGGAUCAAGUAGCCUCUGCAGGUUUGAAAGAGGAUGGUGAAACAACUUUUAUUGGGAACUACCCGUUAAGUGAAGGGGGUUUCUUGGAUCAAGAACAAACAGCGGCUUUGAUGAGAGGAGUGAUUGCAAUGAAUGCUCGAACAAUAACAAAGAUAAGAAUAAGGGAGACAAAUAAAGAAACGUCAAAUUCCAUGUUGAUAAAAGCGCUGAAACUGACUGCUUUCAAGGAUUUUUCCAGUUAUUUGAGAAUCAUAAGCAUCCUUAAGAAAUUGGCUGAAAAUGAAAAGAAUACAGACGCAAUUCGGGCUGUUGAAGAAAUAGCUGCCAUAUUAAGUCCAUUCAAAGCACCAAACAAGUGGGCAGAAAGCGAUCAGGUGAUAACAAUUGAUGACUGAUUCUUUCACUGUAAGACAAAGUGGUUCAACCACUGCCAUCAACAUGCCUUGGCCAUCGCCAUGAUGUCAUAUACUCUAUCAUAAAGAAUUGUGUAAGAACAUAGAAAACUUAAAUGUUAUUUGUGUUAAGUGUAAAUUUUUGUUUGAAUACGCUUAUCUAUAUGUGUUGUUUGAUUUAAAAAUAUAAGAAGCAUUCAUUUAUGGAAAAUAUUUUUACGCUAUUAAUAUCAUAUUGCCUGUUAAUUUUGGAUUAUUACUGAUAUAUGUUAUGUUUUCAUUGAGAAUACUCAGUGUCAGAUUUACUAUGACGACUAAAUGAGGGAUGCUUUUUAGAGCCACAAGCAAAACAGGGCUGUAGCGUUUUGAACAAAAACUAUAUUAUUUUUAGAUUAUUUACUAAUGUUUUAAUAAUGGUGUCCUUGUGAUCG